AUUCGCUAAGCAUGUGUCAUACGUAGAGCUCAUCAGUGAUAUGCUGCUCCACAGCCACACAGCAGGGGCAAGCACAGAGAGAGGUAUGGAGCAGGAAGAGAGGAGAAGGUUGUGGCCUGCAAGGGAGAGAGUGAGUAGAUGGGGAUAGGGUGGAGGAGAGAACGAAAUGAUAGAAGGUGGUGGGUUGAAGGAGAAGAGAGUGAGGAGACUAAAAUUAAACCUGACAAACAUUUUAAUGGCAGAAAUGGGCCUUCCAACAGUCACCUGUUCAUUCAUUUCACCACGUCCUUACGCCACUGACCAUCAAUGCACAUUCCCUAAAUUUUUUAUAAUUAGUCUGACUGUCUGGCUCUUAGCUGUCAAAAUUUAUGAAAUCUUAAUUUGUACAAAUAUUCCAGAAUUGGAUCUGUUAUGAUAUCUAUUGUCAACUAAGGAGCUACAGUAUUAUAAAUGAUGUACUAUUCUAGCUUCCAUAUCCAUAAGGAGAACACACACAGUCAAGACCACUGUAAAUCAGACCCCUUUUUUACUAAAUUAGGAUUCUACAGUUGCGGUAACCAAUGUAGUUAGUAGUUUGUAACAGAUGGCGUCUCAUCCACUGUAUUUGUGUUGUGUUUAAGUGCAUUUCAAUCACCCAACACAAAUGGGGGGUAGCUAAAUAAAUGCUGUGGCGGAUAUUGAUGAUGAUCACCCUUGUUAUUUUGCAAAGUGGAGGUCUUGGAUUCACGAUGAGCUGAGCACUUUUUACAAGCUCCCUCCAUAAAUCAUCCAGUUCACCAGUGGGCUACAUAAAUGCCAUUUUGUGGACAACGAAGGCCAUUAAGCAAAUAUUUCGUGUUUGCAGUAAACCCAAUAAAUCUAUGAAAGCGUCCCAGAAAUAGAAAGUUGGGAGAAUUUCUCUUUAAUGUUACAGAUUAAGAUUUCAUCAGGCCUAUCAGAGGCUGGCCCAUUUUUCAAGGCGGCAAGGCAGGCAGUGGGUGGGGUGUUUAUGUGUUUCAAAGUGGAUGUGUUCAUCUGUUUGUGUGAUUAUCUUUGUGUGUGAGAGAGGAUGUGUGUGUGUUUUGGUUUGUACUUUUGCCUGUGUGUUUAAGAAAAAAGUAGAUGUGUGUGCGUGCAUGUGAGUGUGUGUGUGUGUGUGUGUGUACCCCGUGUUCAGUAGUGAGGAAUAAUCCCAGCCAGUAGGAAACACCAGCUUGGCCAGGAUCCUUUUCUCCUCUCUCAUCCUGACAUCACCUGGGCUCCAUGAUGAAGCUCUCUGUCACCACCUCUGCCCCUCUCCAACUGCCCCCCCCCCCCCUCUCUCCUCUCCUCUCCCCUGCCUCCCCCUCUCCCCUUCCCCCUACCACCCCCUCUCUCCUCUCGUCUGCCUCCCCCUCUACCUCCUCCUCCACACUGCCAAGAAUGUGACGGCAGGAUGAAGACAGAGUCUUGUGCCCUAUUACUUUGACUGUGUGACUAUUCCACUGUUCUUUCUGUUAUUCACUGUAAGUGACCUAGAACACCUUAUAAUGGCACCACUCUAAGUACAGACCCACUGGGCACAGAAGUCAGUUCAAGGUCUAUUUGUAUUUACAUUUGGUUGAGUUCUCAACUAAUGUGAAUUCAACUUGAAAUCAACAAAACAAAUCACAGUGAAAUUGGACUUCCCUUACGUUGAUGACUUUCCACAUUGAUUCAACAAAUUAUUUUGUUGAAAUUACAUGGAAACAACGUUGAUUCAACCAGUUUUUGCCCCGUGGGGACCCUUGUUCUGUAGAUUCUAUAGCAGCCUUUGAGUUUGUAAGUGUGGUUAUAUAUGGCCCUACAUGUCCCUAAAUGUCCCUAUUACAGAAAAAAACGUUCCUCAAAUCAGCAUGGAGAAUACCCUGGCCUAGCCGACAGCAACGUCAAAACAGACUUAGUGAAGAGUGUAAACACACACACACACCCCACACAGACACACAUACACAUGCUGCCUCUUUCUCCAAUCCUAGCAGACCAAAAGGACCACCCCAGAACCCUCUUUUUCCUGAAGAAUGUCAUUGGUUCUCUAGACGACCAUCUUGCUUCCUAAUCUCACUGUGUUUGUGUGCUGGGUCACAGUGUGUCUCAGUGUGUCUCUGUGGGGGGCUAAUGUUAUUGUGUACGGUCUAUGCAGAGAGAAGGUUUCCUAAGCCUGUAGGGCAGGGAUCAUCAACUAGAUUCAGCCACGGGACGAUUUUUUCUUGAGCGGAUGGUCGGGGCUGGAACAUAAUUACAAAUCAUUUGUAGACUGCAAAUUGACGGCAAGAAGCCCAAACAGAUAUAAUAUUUGACUAAAAUAUAAUAAUUUCAAACCUUAUUUAUAUCUGUAUACUAUCACAUACAGUAUAUGUCGAUAUUAUGCGUGGUAAUACUUUCCCAAAAUGUAAAUCACUUGGAGCUGAUUUGCUGGUGUUUUUACAGUCUUUUAUAUCCAACAAUUAAAAUUACAAUUAUUAUUAUUUGCUCCGAAAACUGGGGUGGAUAAAAUCACACGCGGGCCAAAUUCGUCCCGCGGGCCGCCAGUUGAGGAACCCUGCUGUAGAGACUGUUAAGCUGUGAUCAGUUCACAACCAUAACAGACAGACUGACUCCUCUGCUGUUUGGCCUUAUCAGGACAAAACACAUGUGUUUCUGCAGGACAUCUAAAACCCACUCAGAGACACACAGAGGCACAAACACAUGCACACUGCUGCUUAAGCCCUCCCAAAAGCAGGCCUUUUCUCUCCCUCCAUCAGUCUCUCAGAAGAGCAGGAAGAUGGGGAGGACAAUAAGAACAUUAUUCAAAACAAGCCAAAACAUGGAGGCAGAGGACAGAAUGGGUGUUUAGCUUGUUUAAUGCACCGGAGUAGUGUUUGUGGAGUGACGAGAUAAUUAAGCCAUUUACACAAAGAAGAAGGAGGAGAAGACUUCUGCUCACUCCUCUUAUCUCUCUCUCCCUCUUUCUUUCCCCUCCCAGUUUUCAGGGGAGGUCCCAGAGAACCGGGUCAAUGUUGUGGUUGCCAACCUGACCGUGAUUGACCGGGACCAGCCGCACUCGCCCAACUGGAAUGCUGUGUACAGGAUAAUCAGCGGAGACCCAAUAGGUCACUUCACCAUCAUCACCGACCCACACACCAACGACGGCAUGGUUACCGUCGAGAAGGUAAGGCCCUGUGAGCAAUCAAAAACAAUGGUACAUGCUCUCAGACAGAAAAUGCUGUGGAGAGUUUUGUCUAUAGCAGAUUAGUUCAAAGCUGUGCCACAGAGAUUUACAUGUAGGAAAGUAACAGAAAAAAGCACCCAAUUGUGUUUGACCUUUGCUCUGAAAAACAUUUCAUAUUGAAUGGGCAGGUAGUGCUAAAAUAGUGAAGAAUUCAAAGUCAAUCAGCAACUAUGAAAGCUAGCGAAAAUCUGGUGAAAACUGAUAUUCUCCAGGUCUCACCUAGACCUACUUAUGAAAUCUAUUUCAAAAACACACUUCUUCACCAAGCCUACAGAAAGGUCAAGGUUGAGUGAGGACUGUUGUUGUCAGGUCUAUAGCGUAUGAUAUUUAUUUUAUUAACCAUAUGACAUGUCCUUGUGAUGUUGAUGUAGCACAUACAGUUAUCCCAUUAAUCUGUGUGUUGCAUGUCAGAUCUAUAAGUCAGUGUGUGUCCGCCCCAGGCUGUACUCUACAUAUAGGCUGAGGGGGGCAGCUAAGGACAAAACACAAUGGGAGCUUUGACUUUGAAACCCCCUAGCUAAAUCUAAAUGAGGGAUAGGGUAGCAGGCCGGCAGGUCCUUCACAAGCACAUGGGCGCGCACGUAUGCACAAACACUCACACACACACACACACACACACUGUGAACGCACAUACACACACUGUGAGUACACACACACACACACACACACACAGACACACAGACACACACACACGCACCCCCACUUAAAAAGAUGAGAGAGGUCUGUAAUUUUCAUCAUAGGUACACGUCAACUAUGACAGACAAAAUGAGAAAAAAAAUUCCAGAAAAUCACAUUGUAGGAUUUUUUAUGAAUUUAUUUGCAAAUUAUGGUGGAAAAUAAGUAUUUGGUCAAUAACAAAAGUUUCUCAAUACUUUGUUAUAUACCCUUUGUUGGCAAUGACACAGGUCAAACGUUUUCUGUAAGUCUUCACAAGGUUUUCACACACUGUUGCUGGUAUUUUGGCCCAUUCCUCCAUGCAGAUCUCCUCUAGAGCAGUGAUGUUUUGGGGCUGUCGCUGGGCAACACGGACUUUCAACUCCCUCCAAAGAUUUUCUAUGGGGUUGAGAUCUGGAGACUGGCUAGGCCACUCCAGGACCUUGAAAUGCUUCUUACGAAGCCACUCCUUCGUUGCCCGGGCGGUGUGUUUGGGAUCAUUGUCAUGCUGAAACACCCAGCCACGUUUCAUCUUCAAUGCCCUUGCUGAUGGAAGGAGGUUUUCACUCAAAAUCUCACGAUACAUGGCCCCAUUCAUUCUUUCCUUUACACAGAUCAGUCGUCCUGGUCCCUUUGCAGAAAAACAGCCCCAAAGCAUGAUGUUUCCACCCCCAUGCUUCACAGUAGGUAUGGUGUUCUUUGGGUGCAACUCAGCAUUCUUUGUCCUCCAAACAUGACGAGUAGAGUUUUUACCAAAAAGUUCUAUUUUGGUUUCAUCUGACCAUAUGACAUUCUCCCAAUCUCUUCUGGAUCAUCCAAAUGCACUCUAGCAAACUUUGUUACUUUGGUCCCAGCUCUCUGCAGGUCAUUCAUUAGGUCCCCCCGUGUGGUUCUGGGAUUUUUGCUCACCGUUCUUGUGAUCAUUUUGACCCCACGGGGUGAGAUCUUGCGUGGAGCCCCAGAUCGAGGGAGAUUAUCAGUGGUCUUGUAUGUCUUCCAUUUCCUAAUAAUUGCUCCCACAGUUGAUUUCUUCAAACCAAGCUGCUUACCUAUUGCAGAUUCAGUCUUCCCAGCCUGGUGCAGGUCUACAAUUUUGUUUCUGGUGUCCUUUGACAGCUCUUUGGUCUUGGCCAUAGUGGAGUUUGGAGUGUGACUGUUUGAGGUUGUGGACAGGUGUCUUUUAUACUGAUAACAAGUUCAAACAGGUGCCAUUAAUACAGGUAACAAGUGGAGGACAGAGGAGCCUCUUAAAAAAGAAGUUACAGGUCUGUGAGAGCCAGAAAUCUUGCUUGUUUGUAGGUGACCAAAUACUUAUUUUCCACCAUAAUUUGCAAAUAAAUUCAUAAAAAAUCCUACAAUGUGAUUUUUUGGAUUUUUUUUUCUCAGUUUGUCUGUCAUAGUUGACCUGUACCUAUGAUGAAAAUUACAGACCUCUCUCAUCUUUUUAAGUGGGAGAACUUGCACAAUUGGUGGCUGACUAAAUACUUUUUUCCCCCACUGUAUAUAAUGGCUACUAAGACCAUUGCAGCAAAUUAGAUAUUGAUUUCUCAAUUACAAUCGCAGUGGUGUUUAUGCACUUAUAAUGUUCUAGUUACUGUGGUGGAUGGAUACAACAACACAGCCGUGUCUUGUAAUCCUAUCCGAUUACAGUUUUAGGAACAGCUGUGUGUGUGUGUGUGAGUGUGAGAGUGUGUGUGUGCCUGUGUGUGUGUGUGUGUGUGUGUGUGUGUGUGUGUGUGUGUGUGUGUGUGUGUGUGUGUGUGUGUGUGUGUACAGGUAUAUAUAGCGUGCAUAUUUGACUAGUUUAUUGAUGAGCUGCCGUUGCCGAGCCAGUUGUAUUCCUCUGUCUGCUCCUCUGUCUGUGUGACUCUUAGAAUUUAGGAAUGGCAUUAACACCUCUCUAUUUCUCUCAGCACCUCAAGCAUUGGCAUUUUGCUUCUCUUUAUUGUCUCUAGAUGACUGGCUUUUACACUGAAUAAAAAUGCAACAUGUAAAGUGUUGGUCCCAUGUUUCAUGAGCUGAACUAAAAGAUCCCAGAAAUAUUCCAUACACACAAAAAGUUUAUUUCUCUCAAACUGUGGGCACAAAUUUGUUUAGUUAGUGAGCAUUUCUCAUUUGCCAAGAUAAUCCAUCAACCUGACAGGUGUGGCAUAUCAAGAAGCUGAUUUAACAGCAUGAUCAUUACACAGGUGCAUCUUGUGCUGGGGACAAUAAAAGGCAACUCUACAAUGUGCAGUUUUGUCACACAAUGCCACAGAUGACUCAAGUUUUGAGGGAGCGUGCAAUUGGCAUGCUGACUGCAAGAAUGUCCACCAGGGCUUUUGCAAGAGAAUUGAAUGUUAAUUUCUCUACCAUAAGCUGCCUCCGGUGAGGCCGGUUGGCAGUACGUCCAACCGGCCUCACAAUCGCAGACCAUGUGUAACCACGCCAGCCCAGGACCUCCACAUCCGGCUUCUUCACCUGCGCGAUCGUUUGAGGCCAGCCACCCGGUCAGCUGAUGAAACUGUGGGUUUGGACAACCAAAUAAUUUCUGCAGAAACUGUCUCAGGGAAGCUCAUCUGCAUGCUUGUCGUCCUCACCAGCGUCUUGACCUGACUGCAGUUCGGCAUCGUAACCGAUUACAGUGGGCAAAUGCUCACCUUCGAUGGCCACUGGCAUGCUGGAGAAGUGUGCUCUUCACGGAUGAAUCCCGGUAUGGUGUCGUGUGGGUGAGCUGUUUGCUGAUGUCAACGUUGUGAACAGAGUGCCCCAUGGUGGCGGUGGGGUUAUGGUAUGGGCAGGCAUAAGCUACAGUCAACGAACACAAUUGCAUUUUAUCGAUGGCAAUUUCAAUGCACAGAGAUACCGUGACGAGAUACUGAGGCCCAUUGUUGUGCCAUUCAUCCGCCGCCAUCACCUCAUGUUUCAGCAUGAUAAUUGCAAGGAUCUGUACACAAUUCCUGGAAGCUGAACAUGUCUCAGUUCUUCCUUGGUCAGCAUACUCACCAGAUGUCACCCAUUGAGCAUGUUUGGGAUGCUCUGGAUCAACGUGUACGACAGCGUGUUCCAGUUGCCGCCAAUAUCCAGCAACUUAACACAGCCAUUGAAGAGCUGUGGUACAACAUUCCACAGGCCACAAUCAUCAGCCUGAUCAACUAUAUGCGAAGAAGAUGUGUCGUGCUGCAUGAGGCAAAUGGUGGUCACACCAGAUACUGACUGGUUUUCUGAUCCACGGCCCUACCUUUCUUUUAAGGUAUCUGUGACCAACAGAUGCAUAUCUGUAUUCCCAGUCAUGUGAAAUCCAUAGAUUAGAGCCUAAUGUAUUUAUUUCAAUUGACUGAUGUUCUUAUAUGAACGGUAACUCAGUAAAAUCGUUGAAAUUGUUGCACGUUGCGUUUAUAUUUUUGUUCAGUGUAGAGUCCUUUUCCUCUAUACUCACUCCCUGAUGUAGAAUUGAGCAGGCAGGCGGGCGGGCAGCCGUAAGCUGCCAUAGCAACCCCAGGGAGGUUAUCAGGAAAUCAUAAAUUAAGAGCCAGGAGCAGCGCGAGGAAUAGACAGUCUCAUCAAGUAAACAGGAAGGCUUUGAGUCUCUCUGGGGAGCGGAGCUGGAAUAGCUACCGAUUCUAAUCGGUUUCACAUCAGACAACCUGGAACGCAUAGGUAGCAGGGAAACAUCACAGAGCCACAUUUGAAUUCUUGUGGUAUGUGUUUACUGAGGAGGCCUCUCUGGCUGCUAGUGGAGGCACAUCAGCAGAAUACACUGACAUCUCUCACAUGUUUACUGAGAUGGCCCACCAGGGACCAUCACUGCUCUGUAAACAAGGACUGAGGUUUUAACCUGCACAUGUCACACGUGUAGAGAACUCUCUGGGGAACCAAUAAGAACAUAAGAAAUCUUGGAUUAAAACAGAGGCACCACACAAACACAUACAGACAAACAUACACACACAUGCACCUGUAUGCACACACACAAACACUAGUUUGCCUUUAAUAAGUAAUUAGGAUAUGUAAAUUCAAGAAGCUUGUGAUGAACACAGGAAAUGAUAGGGGCGACUACACACCAGAGACAAGAAAGGAGAGGAGAGGGAAGGAGGAAGUGAGGAGUAGAUGAGAGAGUUGCCGAUGAGGAGAGGAGGCAGGGUAUAUUAUAUUAGGAGGAGGAGAGGGAGGGAGGGAGGGAGGGAGGGAAGGAAGGGGGAGGGAGGUGAGGAGAAGGGGGAGCAGGGGAAGGGAAGCGCUAGGAGGAGAGGGGAUGAAGAGCAGAGUUAGGAAGGAGAAGAGGAAAGAGAGGGAUGGAGGGGGUGGGGGAGAUGUAGUGAGUGAUGGAUCACAGGAAGGAGGUGGAGGCCAGGUUAUUGACCUUUAACCCCCUCGCUCUGCUCUCCUCCCAUAUGGUGUGUGUGUAUGUUAGAGAGCCUGCAGGUACACCAGACCUCCCUGUGCACUGAAUACCACUGGCUAUGGAUCAAAGAGUUCCGAUUACUCCCACUGGUUCACUCCACACAGACACACACACACAUAGACAGAAGGGCACAUCAACACCAGCCACCUCUUCUUAUUAACAUUACACACACAUACCCCACCAUGGCAUCUGUCAGAUGAAAUCCCCUCGUCACCCUGGAUGCUUGAUUAUGAAUGCUUUUUAUAUCUCCGCCCGUCGUGUCCGUUAGCUGCUAACACUAAGGCGAGGCAACACACAGAUGUGCUCCAAAUCAUUACUGUCACCAUCAAACACAGCAGACACCAGCCCCUGGGCGCUAAUCAUCAACCGGGUAGCUAACUGUAAUCAGACCGAGCAUCACGCUACACCCAACAUAUUUGUUUGUGUAUUUCUGGUUAUUUGAACCCGUGUUUGUGUUGUCUUCAUUAAGCCAGCCCAGAGCUUUCGCUCGGUUUUAGGGUCACAGGGCAGAUCGCCCGUGUAGGUGGCUGGAGCUAGCCGACACACACAUACACACAUACACACACACACACAUACACACAUGCACACAGUGAGGGGAGUUUACCCAGCGUGAACUGAACAGGGAGUGCCAGCCACGACAGCAGCCAGUCCAUGAAUUUUUUAAGGCCUGCCUAACCCACUCAGUGUUAGCAGGGUAACUACAGGUAGGGGUGCAGAAGUCCCUCUAAGUUUAACGGUAACGCUGUUCCAAUUCAUCCUGGCUAUCGCGGAGCUAGCGCUGCUCAGCACCAGGACUCAGCUCUCUCUCUCUCUCUCUCUCUCUCCUCUCUCUCUCUCUCUCUCUCUCUGUGUGUGUUUAACGUCUGCAGGUGGAGGAUAGAGGCACUGAGGAACAGGAGGAGAAUGUUUAAGUGUUCUGGGGAUGGGUGGGGGUACAUAGCACCGUGUGUUUCAUCCCUCUGUUGUUAUUUCUCUCCCGUAUAUAUUUCUUCUCACCAUAGUGCAGGGUUUGUUUCUUUCUUCCUCUGCUUUUCCUUCUUUCCCUGCUUUCCUUCCUUCACCUCCCCUCUUUGGCUAGCUAGCCGCCUCACAUCCUCACUACACCACACACUCACAUCACACGUGGGGAGUUUACCCAGGUCUAACAGGUGCCCCACGACAGCAUCCUCAUGAUUUUUAAGGCCUGCUAACCCAUCAUGUAAGGGUAACUACAGGUAGGGGGCAGACCCUCAAGUUACGUAACGCUGUUCAAUUCUCCGGCACGCGGAUAUCGUGCUCAGCUACGGAAGCUCUCCUCUCUCUCUUCUCUCUCUUCUCUGUGCUUCUCGCUGGGAAGUCCUAUGGCUUUAAGUUCUCGAGGGGAUCUGGUCCUCAGGUCAGGGAGAUUUACGUUCGGUCGGUAUCCGCUUCUCUCCUUUUCUUUCUCUCGAUGAUUUUCUACCAUAGUCGUUUGUUUCUCAUUCUUCUUCCUUGCUUCCCUCUUUCUUCCUCUUUUGUUUCUGUAUUCUUUCUUUCUCUCUCUUCCCUCUCUAUCUCCUUCUUCUCUCUCUUCCCUUCUGCCUUAUCAUUUAUCAUGUCUUUUUUUGGUAUCUUUCUUCUUUUCCCUAACAGCUUCGCCUUUUUCUCCUUUUCUCUAUUAGACUUCUUCUGUGUCACUCGUGUGAUUGCUAUUACCAUUUGAUGGAGUAUGAGAUGACUAAUUGUAACCUAAUUAUCUCCCCUCCCUCUCUAUCUCCAGCGGUGGACGUUGAGCAAAAAAACGGCCGGCAUGCGACAGUGGUGGUCAACAACCAGGCCCAGCUGGCCAGUGGGAUCCAGUCGUCCCUCCAGUCCACAUCUGGGGUCACCAUCUCC